AUGUCGAGGCGUGGUUGGAGAGCCUUGUCUACGCGUCUGGUGGGCGUGGUUGCCUGGCGGGUGAGGAAAGGUCAAGGGACAAGCUCUAUGGUCCGUCUGGCGCAGGUCAAAGAACGAGAAGCGCUACCGAGGCGGCUAAAGGCUUCACAAUCCGCGGUCCAGCAGACGAAGCUCCCUCGACGAAGCCCCGCUGGAAGCCCCGGCGGCCUCACUCUCAUACGAAGCUCUCCCGACGAAGCCCCGCUGGAAGCCCGGAAGCGAGAAGGAUACGAAGCGGAAGCCCGAAGCGAGACAAAGGCCUCACUCUCAUCGAAGCUCUCAUACGAAGCCCCGCUGGAAGCCGGAAGCGAGACAAAGGCCUCCCUCUCAUACGAGCUCUCCCGACGAAGCCCCGCUGGAAGCCCCGGAAGCGAGACAAAGGCCUCCUCUCAUACGAAGCUCUCCCGACGAAGCCCCGCUGGAAGCCCGGAAGCGAGACAAAGGCCUCCUCUCAUACGAAGUCCCGACGAAGCCCGCUGGAAGCCCCGGAAGCGAGACAAAGGCCUCCCUCUCAUACGAAGCCCCCGCUGGAAGCCCCGGAAGCGAGACAAAGGCCUCACUCUCAUAGAAGCAGCCCCGGAAGCCUCGGAAGCGAGACAAGGCCUCCCUCUCAUACGAAGCUCUCCCGACGAAGCCCCGCUGGAAGCCCCGGAAGCGAGACAAAGGCCUCCCUCUCAUACGAAGCCCGCUCCUCCUCUCAUACGAAGCAAGCCCCGAGAAGCCUCGAAGCGAGACAAAGGCCUCCUCUCAUACGAAGCCCCGCUGGAAGCCUCGGAAGCGAGACAAGGCCUCCCUCUCAUACGAAGCCCCGCCGAAGCCCCGGAGAAGCCUCGGAAGCGAGACAAAGGCCUCUCUCUCAUACGAAGCCCCGCUGGAAGCCCCGGAAGCGAGACAAAGGCCUCCCUCUCACACGAAGCCCCGCUUCGAAGAGACAAAGGCCUCCCUCUCAUACGAAGCCCGGAGAAGCCCCGAAGCGAGACAAAGGCCUCCCUCUCAUACGAAGCCCCGAAGCCCGGAGAAGCCUCGGAAGCGAGACAAAGGCCUCCCUCUCAUACGAAGCCCCCUCGGAAGCGAGACAAAGGCCUCCCUCUCACACGAAGCCCCGCUGGAAGCCCCGGAGAAGCCUCGGAAGCGAGACAAAGGCCUCUCUCUCAUACGAAGCCCCGCUGGAAGCUCGAAGCCCUCCCUCUCAUACGAAGCCCGGGAAGCCUCGGAAGCGAGACAAAGGCCCCCUCUCAUACGAAAGCCUGGAAGCCCCGGAAGCGAGACAAAGGCCUCCCUCCCAUUCGCCUCAUUAUCCUCACUCCCGCAAGGCGCUUCACCCUCUCCUUGAAGUCCCUUUUCACUCGGAAAGCCUCUGUAAGUAUCAGCAUAAGUGGGAACCAGGGGGCGUUAUAA